UAAAAAUUACCCUUCCAAACCUUUGAGCUCCACUUGGAAACAGGGGAAACAAACAGAAAAAAGAAAUUGUUCUUGCUGAUUUCAGAGAAACAAAUUACAGAACGGUAAUGAAUAUCAAGAAGAAAGGCUUUGCACUUCUACUUCUCUUUCUUUCAGAAUUUUUGCUAGGAUUAGCAGUAGCUGCAGAUGAUUCUCCAAAACUUGGAACAGUGAUUGGUAUUGAUCUUGGAACUACUUAUUCUUGUGUGGGCGUCUCUCGAAACGGUCACAUUGAGAUUAUAGCCAAUGAUCAAGGCAACAGAAUUACACCAUCGUGGGUAGCAUUCACUGACACAGAGCGUCUAAUAGGAGAGGCUGCAAAGAAUCAAGCAGCUUUUAAUCCAGAAAACACAGUUUUUGAUGUUAAACGUCUCAUUGGAAGAAAAUUUGAUGAUCCAGAGGUUCAGAGAGAUAUAAAAUUCUUGCCUUAUAAGGUAGUGAAUAAAGAUGGGAAACCUUAUAUACAAGUAAAGGUGAAAGGAGAAACUAAGCUUUUUAGCCCUGAGGAGAUCAGUGCUAUGGUGUUGGGGAAGAUGAAGGAAACAGCUGAGGCAUACUUGGGUAAGAAGAUUAAAGACGCUGUGGUCACUGUUCCAGCUUAUUUCAAUGAUGCCCAAAGGCAAGCAACAAAGGAUGCGGGUGCCAUUGCCGGACUCAAUGUGGCUCGGAUAAUUAAUGAACCUACCGCUGCAGCUAUUGCUUAUGGUCUAGACAAGAAAGGAGGAGAGAUGAAUAUUUUAGUUUAUGAUCUUGGUGGUGGUACAUUUGAUGUUAGUAUUUUAACUAUUGAUAAUGGUGUAUUUGAGGUUCUUUCUACAAGCGGAGAUACCCAUUUGGGAGGAGAAGAUUUCGACCACAGAAUAAUGGAUUACUUCAUCAAAUUGAUCAAGAGAAAGUAUAAUAAAGAUAUCAGCAAAGAUAAAAGGGCUCUCGGGAAGCUUCGAAGAGAAUGUGAGAGAGCUAAGAGAGCAUUAAGCAGCCAACACCAAGUUCGAGUUGAAAUUGAAUCACUUUUUGAUGGUAUUGAUUUUUCAGAGCCAUUGACAAGGGCAAGAUUUGAAGAAUUGAAUAUGGACUUGUUUAAGAAGACAAUGGGGCCUGUUAAAAAGGCAUUGGAAGAUGCAGGUUUAAAGAAAUCUGAUAUAAAUGAGAUUGUGCUUGUAGGAGGAAGUACUAGAAUUCCUAAAGUUCAAGAAUUGUUGAAAGAUAUGUUUGAUGGAAAAGAACCUAAUAAAGGCAUUAAUCCAGAUGAAGCUGUUGCCUAUGGUGCUGCAGUUCAGGGAGGAAUUCUUAGCGGCGAAGGGGGAGAAGAAACAAAAGGUCUUCUUUUGCUUGAUGUUACUCCUUUGAGUUUAGGCAUUGAAACAGUUGGUGGUGUUAUGACUAAAUUGAUUCCAAGAAACACUGUUAUCCCAACUAAGAAGUCUCAAAUCUUUACCACUUACCAAGACCAGCAAACCACAGUUUCUAUUAAGGUCUAUGAAGGUGAAAGAAGCUUGACUAAAGAUUGUCGCGAGCUUGGAAGAUUCGAUCUAUCAGGAAUUCCACCAGCUCCAAGGGGAGUGCCCCAGAUAGAGGUAACUUUCGAGGUUGAUGCCAAUGGGAUCCUACAUGUAAAGGCAGAGGACAAGGCAGCCAAGAAGAGUCAAUCUAUCACCAUCACGAACGAUAAAGGGCGACUAAGCCAAGAAGAGAUUGAUAGGAUGAUAAAGGAAGCAGAGGAAAUGGCUGAAGAGGAUAAGAAGGUGAAGGAAAAGAUUGAUGCUAGGAACAAGUUGGAGACCUACAUUUACAACAUGAGAAGUACUAUAAAUGAUAAUGACAAACUUGCAGAAAAGAUUGAUUCAGAUGAUAAAGAAAAGAUUGAGAAUGCAUUGAAGGAGGCUCUUGAAUGGUUGGAUGAUAACCAAAAUGUUGAAAAGGAAGAUUAUGAUGAGAAGUUGAAGGAGGUUGAAGCAGUUUGUAAUCCAGUCAUAAAACAAGUGUAUGAGAAGAGUGGUGGAAGUGGGAAUUCUGCUGAUUCUGAAGAAGAAGAAGAGUCAAAUGAUGAAUUGUAGAUGGCAUAGCUUUUGUUAAUUUGGUUGGUUGGUUGUUUUUACUCUGUUUCAAUUUGUUGUCACUGACAUGUGAAAUCAUACUCUUCUCACAUAUAAGUUUUCAUUUUCCUUUUUGAAUCUA